AUGAAAGAAUAUCAUAUGUGUAACAGAAUGAUAUUUGCAACAGAAUACAAAACUUCUGCUUCCUCUCAGAAUUCUCAUCAAAGUUCCUCAACCUCUUUAUCUAAUCCAUGUCCAGCUCUAACUGCAGAUGAAUUGGCGCUUGCAGAAUGUAUUGAAGUCAUUGAGGCUGGAGUGAAAGAUGUCAUUAUUAACAAAGCAAAUGAAAAAGAAAAAAUGGAAUUUGAAAAGAAAUGUGAAAGAGCAAAUGCAUCAAAAUUCUGGGAAUAUGAAAAUGGCACUGUCACUAUAAUUGAGUUGCCAAGGAGAGAUCAUGAGAUUGCUCAUGCUUGUUAUAAUUCAGGACAUGAUAGAUGCAGGGGAACUUAUAAACAGUCAGAUUCUUCAUUUGUACCAAAAUUUCUGCCUAAACCAGCUCAAUAUCCAAGUGAUUCUGAGGGUAAUCCUUGGCUGACUAUCAUCAUUGAGGUGGCUAAUACCCAAACUUUUGCAAGUAUAAUCCAAAAGACCACUCAAUUCUGGUUGGCUCCAAAUCAAGUAGAAGAUGUUAUUAUAUUAAAAUUAUGGAAUUGGGAUUCAAGUAGGGAUCAAAAUGGAACCCCUUUACGUUGUUUAACAAUCGAAUUUGGAACAAUUGAUAGAAGUCAGCAACCAUAUGGAGGAUGCUCUGCUCCAGGAAUUCGCACUUUGAGUAUUUCACCUCAUUGCAUUUACAAGGGCUGUGCUCAUCGAAAUCCACCACUCUCACCAUACCCAAUUGCAAAUAAUGUAUUAUUAGUAUUAGAGAACGGAACAAGGAUGUUUCCAUUCAAUUCAAUAAAUGAAAAAAAACAAUCGUUUGUUGACAAGACAAGAGCAGAAAGAGAACAACGAGAAAAACAACGAAAACUUGAUAAGCUUGAAAAAGAAAAGACACAAGCAGCUAAAUGUAUUCAAGUUUUGUGUAGAAAACGUUUAGAAAAAAGCAAAGUUUUCGAGAACUUACGUAAGUUAUGGGAUGUUGAAUUUUUAGUAGGGGAACAGCACGAAAUUGCAACAAUAACAACAACAGACAUUCUUAGAUCUGCUGUUUUGUUGUUUGCUUUUUUUGAUCCAAAUAAAGAUUUUAAAAGAUUUGAACAGAUUUGCAAAAUGAUUUUGUCAACUGUCACAUCAAUUAGACCUUCAAAAACCACACAACAACAAAAUAAAAGUCCAAUGAUACCUUUUCAUUGCCUUUUACUUAAUGAACAUUAUAGUAACAUAACAUUGAAAAUUUUACAAAAAACAACAUUACAAUCUGUCAAUUAUGUUGUUGGGUAUUUGAAUAAACAAUCAAAUGCAUUAUUUCUUCGAGUAAAUUUAAUUAUGGUUUUGAAAAAUAGAUUAAAAAAAGUUGUGAAACUUGGCGAUGAAGAUGAAAAGAAAUUACAAUUGUCAAUUUUGUGGAUAACCGCAUGCAUCAGAUUUUGUUUAUUUCCAUUUGAUAUUGUCAAUGCUAGUAAUGAUAUUAUUAUUGGUAAGGAUCAGGUCAUUAUUAAUGAUGGUGCUAGUAAUAAUAAUAUCAACAAUCAAAAAAACAAAAAAAAAUUUUCAGAAAAAGAUUUAAAAGGCUUGUUUACAGUAUAUAUUAUGAGCACACCUUGUCUAGUAUCAGUUUUAGAUAAUGCUAGUUUGGAAAUUUUAAAACGAUACAAUAUUCACAAUAAGAUUAUUUCAGUUUUAUGUAAUGUUGAUAAAGAUAAUAAUAAUAAAGUAUUUGAAAAAUUGACAGGAAAUGAUGCGAUUUUUUUAUUGGGCAAUAUUGUUGAAUUAUUUUUAUUUAAAUUAGAUUUUUUUUCAAUAAUGCCAGCUUCUUCUAGUAGUAAAGAUUUAUAUAAUGAUCAAGAGAGUCUUCAAUUAAAAAAUGAUUUUAUAAAAGCUAUGAAUAAUUUACUUCAACAUUGUCAGAAAUUUAUUUCUUCAAAGCAGUCAGCUAAAUUUAAUAGUUUUCAUCCAAUAUUUAGUUGGUAUGCUGGAAAAAUUGAUUCAAUUCUUUUAAGUAAUGGAAGUGCAUCAAGUCAAAUUACCUUAAUGGCAAUUGAUGUUCAAUCAGUUUGUCAAUUUUAUAAUUUAUUUAUGAAAAUCUUCAAUUCACUAAAACGUGAAAUCAUCAUGAAUUUAACUUAUUUACCAAAUUUUGUUCCCUGCCUAUGGAGAUUUUUGUCAAGUUUAGGACCAAAACAAAAAAUGAAAAUUUUUUUAACAGAAUCGAUUGUUCGUGAUCCUGAUAAAGAGCCAAUGAUUGAGAUUUUAGAAUUAUUUUACGAUGAGGAACUUUAUGAAUUAGAAACUCCAUUUUCAAUUGAAAUCGACUUGAUUCCAAUGGUUAGAUUUUUUAAUAAAUUUUGUUUCUUGAUUCUUAGUUAUUCGUCAUCGUCAUCAUCAACAACAUCAUCAGAAAACUACUCAUUAUCACCAAUGUUUGAAUUGGCGAGAAGAGUUUUACUUCAAUUACACUCACGAGACACACGUCGUUCUUUUACUAUUAGUAAUUAUAAAAAUAAUGGUGGUAAGGGAAAUUGGAAAGUAAAAUCGAUAGCAGUAAAAGAGGAGGGCGAGGAUAAUAUUUGGUUGUUGAUUAAAGAUCCAAAAAAAUCAUUACCAAUAUCAUUAGCCAAUUUUUUUAAAAAAGCAUUGAACACAAAUAACAACAACGGUAAUGAUAAUAGUUCAAAAAUGGGGUCAUCAUUUUUAGAACGAAUUCAAAAAAAUGAUGAAGUAGCAAUAAGAAUAUUAAAUUUAUUACCACAUACAAUACCAUUCGAGACACGCUUGGAUAUAUUUCGUCAAUAUCUAUCAAAGAUAAAUAAUACACACACUUUCCCAACAAUUAUUCAUGAUAGCAGUAAUUGCACAGUAGUUAAAGUUAGAAGAGGACAUGUGGUUGAGGAUGGAUUUAAAUAUUUGGGUGGAUUGAGUUCUGCUCGUAUUCAGGGAAAGAUUUUUGUAAAAUUUGUUAAUGAAAUGGGGAUUGCGGAAGAAGGAAUCGACCAAGGCGGACCAUUUAAAGAAUUCAUGACACAAUUAAUUGCAGAAGACAAUUCAUAUGUUUAUCCUAGUAGUAGUAACAGCAAAAAUUCUAAAUUAAAAUCAUUGCUUAUAACCAAAGCAAAUGUUUACAGAUUUUUAGGAUGCAUGCUGGCUAGGUCAAUACAAGAAGGAAUAUUGGUUGAUAUACAAUUUGCUAGAUUUUUUUUAAGUAAAUUAUCUGGUAGAGGUGUAUUUCUUGAAGAUUUGGCAGGCUUGAAUGAUGAAUUGUUGAAGAAUUUAAUGUUUUUGAAAAGAUACGAUGAUUUAAGUUUAUAUUUUUCCGUCGAUGAAGAAAUUGAUGAUAAAAUAAUUUCAAAAGAUCUUAAACAUGUAAAUUAUUGUUAUUCAUGUUAUUCAUGCUAUCAUGCUAUUCUUGUUGAUUUCAAUCGAUUAUUCCUAAAAAUUGUUAUUUCUGGAGAUGACGAUGAUUGGGAUAUCACAGAUUUGAGGAGAUGUACAGAGUAUAAAGAAGGUUAUUUUGAUCAACAUCCUUGUAUAAGAAACUUCUGGUCAAUUUUAGAAGAUUUUAAAUCCAAUGAUAAGAAAGCAUUGUUAAAAUUUGUUACAAGUUGUUCAAAGCCUCCACUUGGUGGUUUCAAAUUCUUAACUCCUAAAUUUACAAUUUGUAAAGUAUCAAUUGUGCUUGAAUCUGACUCACCAUUAUCAACAACAACACCAAAUAGUAAUAAUUUAUCAUCAAAUUUAAGACAAGUUAAAUCUUUAUUUUCUUCAAUUUCCUCCAAUUUAAAAACUUCUGUUACUAAUACAAGUAAAGCCAGAUUACCAACAAGUUCCACAUGGUAA